AUGGGCAACGCUGCCACAGCCAAGAAGGGCAACGAGCUAGAGAGCGAGACGUUUGUAAAAGAGUUUCUAGCCAAAGCCAAAGAAGACUUCUUACGGAAAUGGGAAUGUCCACCACAGAGCACGACGUGCCUAGAUGACUUUGACAGAUUAAAGACUCUGGGGACUGGCUCAUUUGGAAGGGUCAUGCUUGUGAAACACAAAGGAACAGAGCAGUACUUUGCCAUGAAAAUACUGGAUAAGCAGAAGGUUGUGAAACUUAAACAAAUAGAACACACUUUAAACGAAAAGAGAAUAUUACAAGCCGUCAGUUUCCCUUUUCUCGUCAGACUCGAGUACGCAUUCAAGGACAACUCCAAUUUGUACAUGGUGAUGGAGUAUGUUCCCGGAGGAGAGAUGUUCUCGCACUUAAGACGAAUUGGGAGGUUCAGUGAGCCGCACGCGCGCUUCUAUGCCGCCCAGAUAGUACUAACAUUUGAGUACCUCCAUUCGCUCGAUCUCAUUUACAGAGAUCUAAAGCCUGAGAACCUUCUUAUUGACCACCACGGCUACAUUCAGGUGACAGACUUUGGAUUUGCCAAGCGGGUGAAAGGCAGAACUUGGACAUUAUGCGGCACACCGGAGUACCUGGCCCCAGAAAUCAUUCUCAGCAAAGGCUACAACAAAGCUGUGGACUGGUGGGCCUUAGGAGUCCUCAUCUAUGAAAUGGCAGCCGGCUACCCUCCGUUCUUUGCAGACCAACCCAUUCAGAUCUAUGAGAAAAUUGUCUCUGGCAAGGUACGCUUCCCCUCCCACUUCAGCUCGGACUUGAAGGAUCUGCUGAGAAAUCUGCUGCAGGUGGACCUGACCAAGCGUUUCGGCAACCUGAAAAACGGCGUCAACGACAUCAAGGGCCACAAGUGGUUCGCCACAACGGAUUGGAUUGCAAUCUACGAGAGGAAGGUGGAAGCGCCGUUCAUACCAAAGUGCAGAGGCCCCGGUGAUACUAGCAACUUUGACGACUACGACGAGGAGGAGAUCCGUGUUUCCGUCACGGAAAAAUGUGUGAAGGAGUUUGCCGAGUUUUAG